UUUUUUUUAUAUAUUUCAGUACUUGAACCGACCUUUCCAUAUCGUGAUGUGACCAUAAAACGCGGCGUUGAUGCAAACGAACAGUUUGAAAUACUCAGCGAAGUUGGCAGAGGAAAGUUCGGCACAGUCUACAAAUGCAAAGAGAAGUGCAGUGGCCUUAAAUUAGCCGCAAAGUUUGUGCCCAUUCCUAAGCGUGAAGACAAACGAAAUGUGGAGCGUGAAGUAGAAAUAAUGAAUUCCCUACAGCAUCACUUGAUAAUACAGCUCUACGCCGCGUUCGAGUACCAGAAGAUGAUGUGUGUUGUGCUGGAAUUAGUUGAAGGUGGUGAACUUUUCGAUCGUGUGGUCGACGAUGAAUUUGUACUUACAGAACGAGUAUGUGUAGUCAUCAUUCGACAAGUUUGUGAAGCUAUGGAGUUCAUACAUCGAAACAAUAUACUUCAUUUGGAUCUCAAGCCAGAAAAUAUAUUAUGCCUCACUCAAGAGGGCAAUCGCAUUAAAAUAAUAGAC